AAUCGACUAAGCAAGAAGUUAAUAAGUUUAGUAGGUCCCACUUCCUGCAGUAGAGCAUAUAUCUUGAAGCUGAAUAAUGCAGCAACGAACAAAUCCAUAAACCGUAAAUCCCCAACAUUCUCACGCGCAUUAUCUGCAAUCACCCAUCCAUCUCGAUCACCGCCGAACAAACUGUCGGUGCAAGCAAUGGCGAGCGCUAGAGUAGAUCUCGACGGGAAUCCGAUCAAGCCGCUCACCAUAUGCAUGAUCGGCGCCGGCGGCUUCAUCGGCUCGCACCUCUGCGAGAAGCUUAUGGCCGAGACGCAGCACAAGGUUCUGGCGGUCGAUGUCUAUAGCGACAAGAUCAAGCACCUCUUCGAGCCGUCGUCGCUGCCCUGGGCGGAUCGCAUUCAGUUCCACCGCCUCAACAUUAAGAACGAUUCUCGCCUCGAAGGCCUCAUUCGGAUGGCGGAUCUUAUUAUAAAUCUCGCUGCUAUAUGCACUCCAGCAGACUACAAUACGCGCCCUCUUGAUACAAUCUACAGCAACUUCAUUGAUGCUCUCCCCAUAAUUAAAUACUGCUCGGAAAAUGGAAAACGCCUCAUUCAUUUCUCCACUUGUGAAGUUUAUGGGAAAACAAUUGGUUGCUUUUUACCCAAAGAUAGCCCAUUGCGACAGGAUCCUGCUUACUAUGUUCUAUCGGAAGAUUCCUCCCCUUGCAUCUUUGGCCCCAUUGAGAAACAGAGAUGGUCAUAUGCAUGUGCAAAGCAGUUGGUUGAGAGACUGAUAUAUGCUGAGGGUGCAGAAAAUGGUCUUGAAUUUACAAUUGUUAGGCCUUUCAACUGGAUUGGUCCCAGGAUGGACUUUAUACCUGGAAUUGAUGGUCCAAGUGAGGGUGUUCCAAGAGUUCUUGCCUGCUUUAGCAAUAAUCUCUUAAGGCGUGAACCACUGAAGCUUGUGGAUGGAGGUGAAUCUCAGAGAACUUUUGUUUACAUCAAAGAUGCCAUCGAAGCUGUCCAUUUGAUGAUUGAAAAUCCAUCCAGGGCUAAUGGUCAGAUAUUUAACGUUGGCAAUCCUAACAAUGAAGUUACUGUCAGGCAGCUUGCUGAGAUGAUGACUCAGGUUUACUCAAAGGUUAGUGGAGAACCUCCACUGGAUGCACCUACGAUUGAUAUAAGCUCGAAAGAAUUCUAUGGUGAAGGAUACGAUGACAGUGACAAGAGAAUUCCUGACAUGACCAUAAUCAACAGACAACUUGGUUGGAACCCAAAGACAUCACUGUGGGACUUGCUCGAGUCGACUCUUACUUACCAACACCGGACGUACGCAGAAGCUGUAAAGAAGGCUACCUCAAAACCGGCAACGACUUAAGAAGUAUGAAACUAAGAUGUGCUGCCUGUUUGUAUCUUGUUUUCGAAUGAUCAUUGUAUGGUUUCAUCUGAGUUGUAUACACCAUAAAUCUCACUGUGUUCCCUGUAAAGGCUCUCGUUAAUAUGCUCAAGCAGGAUCAAAAGAGGAAAAAAGUUGCUCAAAGGAGGGCAAAGAGACCUGUAGUGUCUUGUAAUACUCUGGGGCAGCUGUGAUUUCUGAUGGUGCAUAUAGAAAAUCGAUCAAAGAUUGCAUUGAUAUUUUAAGAAGAGUGAACAAAAAGGUGAUGUAGUGUAUUGCUGAAGUACUCUUCAGGGUUGCGCGAGUAAGCUUUUAUUUACCUUUCUUGGCAUAUCUGUGCAGUCUUUAACCGACUUUUUAUAUGCACAAUUAUAUAUCGCAGAUAUCUCAGGGUCCAUUACACGACCAGCCGGUCUCUUUGCCCUCCAACAAAAUUUUCUCUUUUGAUCAUAUGCUUUAGAGCCUCUAAAGUGAACACAGUUAGAGAUUUUGAAUGACAUGCACAUAUUGGAUUUCCAAAUCUUUUUUUAUUGAAAGCUGAAACGUUAUUUUUAA